ACUUGUAGUUCUCGCCGCCGGUUGCCGCCUACAUUGCCAACGCCGCGUCGCGGUUACUAAGGGGUGAAGAAGCCAGUGAUAGGCGCCACAGUGGAGCGGCUUAGAGAUCCCGGGGAGGGUCGCAGGCGCGCAUCCCGCCUGGUCGGGACGACGCCCCUGCGGUUUACUCGAAGGCGGAAGCGACGCCGCAGGCAGGUGAAGAAACAAGUGAAGAAGCAAAAAAAGAAGGCAAUCAAGGGGCCUUUCCCAAGGUCAAAGAUGAAGGAGAUGGCCACCUCAGGAAUCUACAAACUGGAUGAUGGGAAACCUUACCUGAGUAACUGCUUUCCAGCCAAAAAUCUGCUUCGGAUGCCAGAGGAAGGCCGAGGACACUGGGUAGUAGCUCGGAAAUGUAACCUCAAGAAGAAACCCAAGGCUGUGGCUGAGGCACAAGCUGAAAGUCAGGAAAGUGAGAAGACUUCUUUGGACACCUCGAAAAAGAAAGGCUCUCAACGGGAGGGCCAGGCGGACCUUCGUGAACACGUCCUAGACCAGGCUUUUCUGCUAAAGCACCACUGUGUGAAGAAGCCAUCAGAAUUAUGCAACAUCAAUGUGAGCGGCCUAAAGUUCUGCAAGGCUAAGGAAAAGGACUUCAAACACUUUCAUUCUGUGAUUUACAUCAAUGCCUCAGAAAACCUGCUGCCUCUAGAAGCAUUUCACACUUUUCCAACCUUAAAGGAACUGGAACUCGCAUUUAAUGGCAUCAAAACAGUCUACGUGAAAUAUGGAGACUUUAAGUACUUGGAAUUCCUGGACCUUUCCUUCAACAGCCUGACUGGAGAGGCCAUCUGUGACCUGGGGAUUUUGCCACACCUCCGUGUCCUGCUGCUUACAGGCAAUGGGCUCACCUCCUUGCCCCCCAGUUUGGCUGUCACAGAGCAGGAAUUUUCAGCACCAUCAGUGGCAAGCAAGAGGUACAUCCUGAGGUUCCCAGCGCUGGAGACAUUAAUGCUGGAUGACAACAGACUCUCCAAUCCCAAUUGCUUUGCCAGUCUGGCUGGGCUCAGGAGACUGAAGAAGUUAAGCCUGGACCAAAACAGGAUUUCCAGGAUCCCGUACCUACAGCAGGUUCAGGUCCGCGACGGAUCUGCGAGCUGGGCUGGAGGCAAGGGAAGUCCCCGGAAGGAGGACCAAUCCGUGCUGCAACCCGCGUCGUGGAUGUUAGAGCCUUCAGAUGAGCAACCAGACUAUACCGUACUGCCCAUGAAAAAGGAUGUUGACCGGACAGAGGUGGUGUUCUCAUCUUAUCCUGGAUUUUCAACCUCAGAGACAACCAAGGUAUGUGCACUUCCUCCCAUAUUCGAGAUUCUUCCUGUGAAGUCCCUGAAAGCCAGGAACCAGACACUGGCCCCGCCCUUCCCAGAGCUGAGGUACCUUAGCCUGGCCUACAACAAGAUCGCCAAGGAGGAUGCCAUGCUGCCUGUAGCUCUCUUCCCAUCUCUCUCUGAGCUCGUCUUUCAUAACAACCCUCUGGUGGCCCACACACGAGGGGUCCCUCUACUGCUGAAAAGCUUCCUUCAUGAUCGGCUGGGGAUCCGCUUAAUUCGCAGGAAGAUCGUGAAGGCCAAGCAUCAUAUCUUGAUGCCUCGGAAGGACUCACGGAAGGUAAAAACCCAGGUCCCAAAGGUGCCAAAGCAGCCUCUGACCCUCCAUCAGCCAUCCAUAACCAAGUCUCCCUCAAAGGAGAUGCUGGAGUCAGAAGCAGGGCUGCCUGAACAGCUGCCCACUACCAGAAAAACUUCUCUGAACAUAGAGAUGCCCAUUGAGGGCCCAGGGGGCCUCUCCUUAUCUCGUCGGACCUUCGUGCCGCUGCCUCCCAUCCUCUCACACUCCACGGUGAACAGUGAAGGAUCUACAUCCCGCCACAGUGACCCAGCCAGCCGUGUCAGCCCGGAGCACCUGUCAGAUGAGGACACCAAGAGCACAGAGUCCAUCUUCUUGACCCAGGUGAAUGCAUUGCCUUCCCCCAUCCUCCAGAGGGAUCACUCAGACUUGCAAGAGAAAGGCAAAAGGAGGCCACAAACAGCACCCAGAGAAGUAAAGAAGACUCCGAGGAAGCUCUUAUCUGCCUCCCUCUCCAGCAAGUACCACGGUUAUGAGGAGCUGCUGACAGCCAAGCCCGAUCCUGCCUUUAUUGAGCCAAAGGGAAUCCAGAAGAACACGCAGGCCCUACAGCACAUGCUGAAGCACCCGCUCCUGUACCGCUCCUCCAAGCCGAGGCUGGACACCCUGCAGAAACGCUAUGUCCCCAAGGAGAAGCGGACCCAGAAGAUCCCAGCUUCAUCCCCACGGAAGACUCGAGCUCAGCUGCUGGAUGACAUCCUCAUUCGCAUGCGGGACCCCCGGAACAUCACAGAGGCUCCACUCGCUGCUGUCCUGCGCCGGCAGACAGAGCAGCGCCUGGUGAACCAGAAGCAGUACUUGGAGGCCAAGAGACUGCUGAAGGAGUUCCGGGCACGCUAUAGGCGGCUGGUGCGCAGCUCAAUGCGGACAGUGUUCGGAACCACAGAGCCAGCCCCAGCCCGCCCUGCACUGAGUGAAGGCCAGACUAAGUUUGGCCACUUCCUUGAGUUCAUGGACGAGUUCUGCCAGGAUCCCGUGGCCGGUGACUCAAGAGACUAGGGCUUGCGGGGUGGGGGGGGCGUGCAAGCCAUCCAGUGUGUGCCCCAUACCCCACAUCCUCCCCCAUCCCCAAGGGCGCCUUGCCCUCCACUGGGACUGCUAGGCCUAUGUGGGCCUUGGAGUUGGGCUCAGCCUUGCUGGCUGGCUGGCUGCAGAGAGUGGGGAACUCACCAGAACCACCCCCCCCCCACCCAUGCCAGGCUAACAGGCCCUGGAGCCUGGGCCAACACCAAUAAAGAGUGGGUGCA